AGAAUUGAGCAAAUUAUCUACUUUUCCGCUCUCCUUCCUGGACAGUAACGAUCGGCGAGGUCUCGGCUCUCCGCACGCCUUAUCGAGCGAGCCACGGCCGCCCUGAUUGCCGUCAAUAAGGACGGGCUAACGGGGCCCGUCAUUUGGAAAGGGGGGGUUCCCCGGCUGAUGAUGCCCUUUCCUGUGGGCCGGUGAGGAGCACCACCGACCCCCGGCUUCCCUCCAGCAGCUUGUUGUUGUUGUUGUUGUUGUUGUUGUUGUCGCGGCGCGGUUGAUGCGGAGGUGAUGGACGGUCCUCUCCGCCGCCCAGCGGGGAUCCUCGGCUCCCCCCCGGCUUCUGGGAGCCAGCCCGCGGGCUCCGACAUGCUCACCUCCGGCGGCAGCAGCAAGCCUCUCGCUUUCUCCAUCGACCGGAUUAUGGCCAGGACGCCCGAGCCCAAGUCGAUACCGCUCCCCAGCUGGUUCCAGUCCGCUCCCGUGGGGAAACCCGACGUCUGUCCAUCCUCGCUGCAUUGUAUGAUCCCGCUGGUGCCGCUCGGGUACGAGCCGGGCCACCGGCUCAGCAUCACCGGGCUGGAUCCGGGCCACUUCGACGCGUCUUCUCUCGGCGCUCCUGCAGACUUUCUGGGCUUCGGGUUGAACUAUAAGAGCCAGCAGGAAGACUCCGCUGUGAGCCAAAGCGGCGGCCAGUACAAACUCUUCAGACCCCGGGUGGUGAACCAGUCCUCCUUCCCCACCGUGGGCACCGUGUGCUACCUGAACUGCAGCGGGGACAGCGGCGCGUGUCCCCCGCCGGCCGGCCUGGUCAACCUGCACCCGAUGGCGUCCUACCUGCUCACCGCCCGGCACAAAGCCUUCAUGGCGGAGAAGAGCAAGCCGGGCCUGCAGCAGGCCGGGGAGCGGUACCCUGUGUCCGGCGUGCAGGCCUUCAAGGAGCUGUCCCAGAGCCAGAUCCAGCACUACAUGAAGGAGCGGGACCACAUCCUCACUGAUAAGAUCUUCAAGGGCUCCGCGGCGGCAGCGGCGGCGGCGGCGGCCCGGCUCAGCGGCUCCUGUCCCGGCAGCAAGCCAAAAGUCUUCACCUGCGAGGUCUGCGGCAAGGUGUUUAACGCGCACUACAACCUGACUCGCCACAUGCCCGUGCACACGGGCGCGCGGCCGUUCGUGUGUAAAGUUUGCGGCAAAGGAUUCCGACAGGCGAGCACACUGUGUCGGCACAAGAUCAUACACACUCAGGAAAAACCGCACAAGUGUAACCAGUGCGGGAAAGCCUUCAACCGCAGCUCCACGCUCAACACGCACACGCGCAUCCACGCGGGAUACAAACCGUUCGUGUGCGAGUUUUGCGGAAAAGGAUUUCAUCAGAAAGGAAACUACAAGAACCACAAGCUGACACACAGCGGGGAGAAGCAGUUCAAAUGUUCCAUCUGCAACAAGGCGUUCCACCAGGUGUACAACCUCACCUUCCACAUGCACACGCACAACGACAAGAAGCCCUUCACCUGCCCGACCUGCGGCAAGGGCUUCUGCAGAAACUUUGACCUGAAGAAACACAUCAGGAAGCUGCACGACCUGGUCGGGCCGCAGUCUCCCCCUCAGCCCUGAGAGACGAUGACUGACUCUGUGUUCAAGGACUCUGUUCUUCAUCCCAACACAUCAAAACAAUACAUCAGGUCCCCAUCAGGCCUGCAGCUAAACUGAAGUCCUAAUAUUCCCUGUAGAUGUCCAAAUUAGUCAUGUAGAAUGACUUUACGUCCAUUCUAAUUAAUAUUUGGGGCCCAAAAAUCACUAAAUUGUCAAAAAUCACUAAAAAAACAUUGAGGCUGAUCCUGAUAAUUCCUUUCAUCAAAAUAUCUUUACUUUGGACUCUUUUGAGCCAAAAAAAAAUCCAAAUCAAAGGGGCAGAGGCUGAGAUAUCCUCACUUUUAAUCCCUAGUAUUACACAGGCUCCUACAUUUCCCAUAAUGCAACAAGAUUGUGUGUUUUAAUAAGUCCCUCUCUGCAUGGCCACAUUUUCAGUUUAUAACGCAGGUUUUUCUCUUAAUACAAUUGUAGCCUCCAAGCACAAGCUUAGAUAACCCUGAUGACAUCACUGUGACAUCACCACAGUUGUUGUCUUACACUUGACCAGAACUGAAGACAGUUUACAACUGGCUAAUCACGGGCCUAGUCUAUAAACUGAGUUUACAGAAUAGCCCAGGCAUGUUUACAUCACUUUAUUUAGUUACAUAUCACAAAUUGAAUAUAGGUAAAGCUCAAUGACUACUGCAGCUCAUACUGGGAACGUAGCUGAAUUUGCUGUAUGAAACUGAAAACGAGUCUAAAAAAACCUGGUUUGGUUGAUAAUCUGUCUUUAUGGAACAACCCCGGCAUCACUCCGAACUUGUUUAAGUUAGGAAGCUUUGUCACAACUAAUGGUGUGUGAUACCAACGCACAAGGCACCCUGGACUGUAAACCUAUCUACGGCAAUAAUUGGGUAAAUUAAGUAAUAUCAAUAGUGCAAAGAUCAGCUCAGAGGAUGUGGAUGGGUCAGUUCAGUCCAUUACCAAACCAGAAGUCAGUGUUGUUAUUUGGAGUAAACCUGUGGAGUAGUUCAGUGUGGAAGCAGCUGUUUAUUUUGAAAAGCCACAAUGCCUGUAAUUAGCGGAAUCUGACACACCCUCCCCAACAGACAACAAAAACAGGAUUUUCAUGUCUCACACACUGUGACAAUGGGUGGAAUGAGAAUGUGUUAAUGGAAGAGGCCCCAUGACUGUUUUCCAUGAGUAAAAUUGGCAAAAUCACCCGUUAAAUGGAGUGUUUUGAUUGUGACAGAUGACUGUCUGUUAGCAGACAGUUACUUCUAUAAUAGAUCAUGACCUAUAUGUGCAGUAUGGACCUAUACAAGCUGAAAGUUGACAAUCAUGAUCGGAAAAAAUGCUGUGAAAUCCUUGUUGUCAGUAGUCAGACAUGUCCUCAGUAUUUUUGUCCCUGCUUAAAAAAAAGACAGUUCUUUACAUUAAAUCUAUGAAAACCAACAGUAUUUUGUCAAAUUGCAAUACAUUUUGGACCCUAUUUGAGGAUUAAAUUUAAUAAUUCUUGGACUUAAAUGUGAGCCUGCCUGAUAAAGUCUACAAACUGUGUUAUUUUUAAAUUCCUACAAAUAUCAGACAUUUCCUUAAUGCGAGCCAGAAGAAGGACGUAAGGGAAACCAUGUUCUCCACUCCUCCAGUUUCCUCUCUGGCCUGUUGGCCCCAAACUUGACCAUUCCUCUUCCACAUGUCCCUACAAAAGCCAUCUGGACACAUCCUCACACCUCCAGGCCCCGCAGUGGGGCCCCUCCCACCUGAUAUGACCCCUCUGGCCCUGACGCCGGCCUGUAAACUGACUGGAGAAAACCUCCGACUGGCCCCGAUGCUUCUGACUCUGUCAGCUCACGUUGGACUGAGGACACUUGAACAGAGGACAAUCAGAACUUUCCUGCUCUCUGAUUAUUAGUCAAUUAUAUUAUAAUGGUGGCUAAUUAUUAUGUCAUUAGUCAUCAGUGAUAACUAGUUAUUUUUCUGUUGCAUCUCAGGAUGUGAGAUUGAUGAACUCUGAGACCAGAGAUGUGUCAGAGGUGAAGCAGCACUAACCAGAUUUUAGCAUCAAAAACAGGAUUUAUACCAACAUUUUAGAACUGAAUAUUCUACAUGUUUCUUUUUGUCAACAAAUCCCACAAAAAGACCAAACCUACAUAACGUUUAUCCAAUAAACAAGUAUUAUGUGUAUCAAAGCCUGAUAUAUCUUCCUUUUCUGGGCCAUAGAGCGUUGUUGUGCAAAAACUAUUUAAAACACACCAAUAAGCCAGUAAGCACUGAUGUUCCUUUAUUACUAUCAACACACACACACUGCAGUUUAUUUCAACUCACACACACACAUGCACACACACCUACA